GUGAGGACGACAACAUGGCGGCCUCCUUGCGUCUGGGUCGUCAAGGAAUUUUAUUCGGCCUCAGAUUGUCAAAUUUUAACAAAUGUUUGUGGACCACACACCCAUGGCAGGAGCAAGUCAGACACUUCUUUCAAUCACCAUGGUACCUCGGUGUCAGUGCACUCAAAGUGCAAAUGCCUGCUCUGUCCCCCACCAUGGAGGAGGGAAACAUAGUCAAAUGGCUGAAGAAGGAAGGUGAGGCAGUGGCAGCAGGUGAUGCCCUAUGUGAGAUUGAGACUGACAAGGCUGUUGUUACCAUGGAGUCUAAUGAUGAUGGCGUCUUGGCCAAGAUUUUGAUGGAGGAGGGCAGCCGCAAUGUGCGGCUGGGCACUCUCAUUGCCCUCAUGGUGGAGGAAGGGCAGGACUGGAAGCAGGUUGAGAUCCCCCCUCCAGAUGCUGCAGCUCCAUCUGCAGCUCCACCUGCUACACAUGCAGCCGCUGCCCCAGUUGUGCCCCCUGCUGCUCCCUCUCCACCUCCUCUACCGAAACCAGCCACUUCAGGACCCUUACGUCUGAGUCCAGCAGCGAGACACAUCCUGGACACCCAUGGUGUGGAUCCAAAACUGGCAACACCCACUGGACCAAGGGGACUUAUCACUAAGGAAGAUGCAUUGAAUCUCUUGAAGACAUCUCCUGCCCUCAAAGCAACACCAGCCAUGGCUGCUCCACCUGCCCCGAGUCCUGUUCCCACCCUGGCAGCUACCCCUCCACCCCCAGGCAGCAGACCCAACAUACCUCCUCUCUCUGUACCAGGGAAGCCAGGAGCACCAGGCACUUUCACAGAGAUCCCAGCCUCAAAUGUCCGCCGUGUGAUUGCUCAAAGACUAACGCAAUCGAAGACCACCAUCCCCCAUGCGUAUGCCUCUGUUGACUGUGACAUGGCUGCCGUCAUGCAGCUCCGCAGUGACUUGGCCAAAGAACAGAUCAAAGUGUCUGUUAAUGAUUUCAUUAUCAAGGCAGCUGCUGUUGCACUGAAAGAGAUGCCAGAAGUAAAUGUGACCUGGUCUGGUGAUGGACCCCGUGCACUUGAUUCAGUCCACAUUUCAAUCGCUGUGGCGACCGACAAAGGCCUCAUUACGCCCAUCAUCAAGGAUGCUGCAAACAAAGGAGUCCAGGAGAUCUCAGCAAAUGCUAAGGCAUUGGCCCAGAAGGCUCGAGAUGGGAAACUUCUACCUGAGGAGUACCAGGGAGGCUCAUUCAGUAUAUCUAACCUGGGGAUGUUCGGUAUCAGUGGCUUCAGCGCUGUGAUCAACCCUCCCCAGGCGUGUAUCCUCGCUGUCGGGACCUCCAGGGCUGAGCUGCGACUGUGUGAGGAUGCCCAGAGCCUGCGCACCCAGCAGCUGAUGACAGUUACACUGUCCAGUGACGGACGGCUAGUGGAUGACGAAUUAGCCUCACGGUUUCUUGAUAAAUUCCGCGCCAACCUAGAACAACCGCAACGCAUGGCCCUAGCCUGAAAAACAAAAAGAUAGCGGUGUGAAAGAGAUUGGAAAGACAUAGGUAAGAAACGCCUGCAUGACAAAGCCUGUCUCUUGCUUUUACAAGCAGAGAGCUCCUCAAAAGUUGAUUCCCAUUCAUGCUUGGAUUAAGGCUUACAAAGUAGUCUUGUACAUAGUGUAAACUUGAGUUUGAGGCUUUCUUCUGACAGAUAAAUACUAGGCUUUGUGAUGGAGGAGUUAAAGUGGGCUUCUGCUAGAGUGGUACAGGAUUCUAGCAGUGGUGCCAAAUAUUACCAAGACAGAAGUGGCAUAGCAGGGUGCAUCCCACACACUGCAAUAGAGAUGGUUGUUCUAUCACACCAGUGUUGUGUAUAUAUAUAUAAAGUGGUUAUUCCAAUUCAUGUUCUAUUUUCAGUACCAGUGCAUCUAUUCUGUGUCAUUAUUACAACACACGCAAUAGUACACGGGACUGUAACAGCCCUACUGUACAUUUGUCAGAGAUAUUUAUUACUGAACAUCAUUGGCAAUACAGUUUCCAAUAAGAUUAAACCCACAUACCAUACAUUUCCUAUUGUUAUGAAAUUAAACAGAAUUCAAGAAUUGAAUUAAUUGUACAUGUUAAUAUGUUUUAACUUAUUUGAAACAGAUGCUGUGACAUCCCUGAAAACUAAGCUUUCAAGUGUACGUGUAAACAGAAUAAAUACAAUCAUUUAGGUUUCGGUGUCUUUAGAUGCCAAUAAAACACACCGUUCAACCUUCA